AUGAUGAUGAAAAGAACAUUUAUGGAACUUAAAGAUAAAGAAAAAGUAAUAAUAAAAAAAACGGUACAAGAUAUUCAGGAUGCUGUGGAUGAAGAUAAGCUAAAAGAAGAAUAUGAAAAAGCUAAAAUUAGCGAGUUAUACAAACAAAAUAAGAAUGCUCUCAACAAAUUAAUUCCUAAUACUAUAGAAGUUGAUGACAACGAUAAUAGGGUUUAUGAAGAUUUUGAAAUAAAG